AUGGAGAACGAUAAGGGCCAACUAGUCGAACUUUACGUUCCAAGAAAGUGUUCUGCCACCAACAGAAUUAUCAAGGCCAAGGACCACGGUUCCGUCCAAAUCAACAUUGCUAAGGUUGAUGAGGAAGGCCGUGCCAUCCCAGGUGAAUACAUCACUUACGCCCUAUGUGGUUACGUCAGAGCUAGAGGUGAAGGUGAUGAUUCUUUGAACCGUUUGGCUCAAAACGACGGUUUGUUGAAGAACGUCUGGUCUUACUCCCGUUAA